AUGGUUGUCUUCAAAUCCGCCGUAUUCUGGAUCUGGUGGCAUUCAUUAAUAUUUCUUUUACUGAGGCUUACGCUGGCUGAACAAGACAUAUUUUCUGUACAGUACGUUGACAAUGACGUGGAUAAAACACGGCAACAUUUUACUGCUUCCACAAUGUUUUCUCUCCUGAGGCCCGGCAAUGGUGAGAGAAUUAAUGAUACAGCAAUUACGGCAACAACGGAUUUGUUAAGACCAAAGUCUCCAAAGGAACUUAACAUGCCUGAAUGUAUGGAUGAUUCUGAAUGUACAUAUGAUAGCGUUUGUGUACCUGGACCUGAUGGAUAUAAGACGUGCAUCUGUGCUGGGGCUUGUCCGCCAUCUGUUCCUGUCUCUUGUCGCAGCGAGGGUAAGUAUGCGGAUGAUUAUUGCUUGUCAAUGAGUGACGAUUAUCGUGAAAAAUAUUUGAUGCCGAGACCGAUGUGUAAGACGGAUAGGAAAAGGGAGUUAAGUGUUUUGCAGGGUGUUUGCGUUUGCCCUCCGAUGUUUGACAACUGGCUUGGUUUUGAAGGUUUUGUAUCGUUGCUUCCAAUUAAAUGUUCUAAACGCGAUCUAAGAGUUCAGGGAUUUGCAUACCCGUCUGAUACCGUCUAUGUUGGUGGCAAUGUAAAGCUGUUUUGUUGUAUUAACAUCGAUCCGCGUUCAUUUGUCGCUGAAGAUGGGAUCUCAUUCAAGAUUCGCUUUAUUCACAACUCGUCGAUCGUUCGUAGAUCAUCGUCAACGCCAUUCUCCAAUGGUUUUAUGGACGGUGUAGAGCCGUCACGAUGUUGGCAACUGGAUAUCAAAAACAUACAGUUACUUGAUGGGGGACCAUACACUUGUUGCGCACAUGUGUCACCGACUGCUUCCACUCGUGCUAUUGAAGCUAACGAUACCUUUGUUUUAACUGUGAAAGGUGAUUAUUUUUUUGUGAAGGAUAGAUUGUAAGC